GGUACGCCAUCAGGGUGGGCACACUGCCCCAUGGGGGAAACCGGAGGGUGCAGGAGUGCCCGGAGGCGAGGGAGGGGAGUGCAGCUGGCCCGAGCGCCUCAGCCGCGUGGGCAGAGAGCAGGCGAAAGGUGCUGGGCCGGGGCCCACGCUGGCACGUGACUGCCCAGGCGGCCCCCCCGGCCCAUUGGCCGCCUGCCCCUGCUGGCUGGGCCGCGCCUGCCCCAGACCCUAUAAGGCCUGGGAGCCGCCAGCAGAGCCAGCUGCCUGCCAAGCCGCCCGUCGCUCCGAGGGACCCCACACAGCCCAGCCACUCAGGCACCACCAUGUCUGCUCCGGACGAAGGCAGCCGGGACCCCCCCAAACCCAAGGGCAAGACCCUGAGCAGCUUCCUGGGGUCCCUGCCUGGCUUCAGUUCCGCCCGGAACCUGGUGGCCAACGCCCACAGCUCCGCGAGAGACGCCCGGCCGGGCACCGAGCCCGCGGGUGGCCCUGCCGCCCAGGCUCAGGCGGCCACCGACCCACAGCAGAUGGCGAGGGACAUGGAGAAGCCACAGCAGCCUUCGGAAAAGCAAAUCGUGUCUGGGGCCAAAGACCAGGUGUGCUCCAAGAUGACCAAGACCAAGGACACCAUCUCUUCUGGGGUGGCCAACGUGGUGGACGCGGCUAAGGGAGUGGUCCAGGGAGGCCUGGACACCACGCGAUCUGCCCUCACGGGCACCAAGGACGCAGUGUCCAGUGGGGUAAUGGGGGCAGUGGGCAUGGCCAAAGGGGUUGUCCAAGGCAGUCUGGACACCUCAAAGUCUGUCAUCACUGGAACCAAGGACACAGUGUCCACUGGUGUCAUGGGGGCAGUGAACAUGGCCAAAGGAACUGUCCAGACUGGCGUGGACACCACCAAGACUGUGCUGACAGGUACCAAGGACACUGUCUGUAGUGGGGUGACCGGUGCCAUGAAUGUGGCCAAAGGGACUAUCCAGGGGGGCCUGGACACCACCAAGACCGUUCUGACUGGCACCAAAGACACAGUGUCCACUGGGGUCAUGGGAGCAGUGAACUUGGCCAAAGGAACCAUCCAGACUGGCGUGGACACCACCAAGACUGUGCUGACAGGUACCAAGGACACCCUCGGCAGUGGAGUGACCGGUGCCAUGAAUGUGGCCAAAGGAGCCGUCCAAACUGGUGUGGACACCACCAAGACUGUGCUGACAGGCACCAAGGACACUGUCUGCAGUGGGGUGACCGGUGCCAUGAACAUGGCCAAAGGGACUAUCCAGGGGGGCCUGGACACCACCAAGACCGUGUUGACUGGCACCAAAGACACAGUGUCCACUGGGGUCAUGGGGGCAGUUAACGUGGCCAAAGGAACUGUCCAGACUGGCCUGGACACCACCAAGACUGUGCUGACUGACACCAAGGACACUGUCUGCAGUGGGGUGACCGGUGCCAUGAAUGUGGCCAAAGGGACUAUGCAGACUGGCCUGGACACCAGUAAGACCGUGCUGACUGGCACCAAAGAUGCAGUGUCCACUGGGCUCACUGGGGCAGUGAACGUGGCCAAAGGGGCUGUACAAACCGGGCUGAACACGACUCAAAAUAUCGCAACAGGUGCAAAGAACACCGUCUGCAGUGGGGUGACUGGUGCCGUGAAUGUGGCCAAAGGGGUUGUCCAAGGCAGUCUGGAUACCUCGAAGGCUGUCAUCUCUGGAACAAAGGACACGGUGUCCACUGGUGUCAUAGGGGCAGUGAAUGUGGCCAAAGGAACUGUCCAGACUGGCCUGGACACCACCAAAACUGUCCUGACAGGUACCAAGGACACUGUCUGCAGUGGGGUGACUGGUGCCAUGAAUGUGGCCAAAGGGGCCGUCCAGGGAGGCCUGGACACCACUAAGUCUGUGGUCACGGGCACGAAAGACACAGUGUCCACUGGGCUCACUGGGGCAGUCAACUUGGCCAAAGGAACCAUCCAGACUGGCAUGGGUACCACCAAAGCUGUCCUAACUGGUACCAAAGACACCCUCGGCAGUGGGGUGACCAGUGCCAUGAAUGUGGCCAAAGGGGCUGUUCAAGGGGGUCUGGACACCACCAAGACUGUGCUGACUGGCACCAAAGACGCAAUGUCCACUGGGCUCACUGGGGCAGUGAACUUGGCCAAAGGGACUGUUCAGACUGGCGUGGACACCACCAAGACCAUGCUGACAGGUACCAAGGACACUGUCUGCAGUGGGGUGUCCAGUGCAGUGAGUGUGGCCAAAGGGGCUGUCCAGGGGGGCCUGGACACCACCAAAUCUGUGGUUAUGGGCACCAAAGACACAGUGUCUACUGGGCUCACUGGGGCAGUCAACGUGGCCAAAGGGACUAUCCAGACUGGCGUGGACAACACCAAGACUGUCCUGACAGGUACCAAGGACACCCUUGGCAGUGGAGUGACCGGUGCCAUGAACGUGGCCAAAGGAGCCGUCCAAACUGGUGUGGACACCACCAAGACUGUGCUGACAGGCACCAAGGACACUGUCUGUAGUGGGGUGACCGGUGCCAUGAAUGUGGCCAAAGGGACUAUCCAGGGGGGCCUGGACACCACCAAGACUGUGCUGACUGGCACCAAAGACACAGUGUCCACUGGGGUCAUGGGAGCAGUGAACUUGGCCAAAGGAACCAUCCAGACUGGCUUGGACACCACCAAGACUGUCCUGACAGGUACCAAGGACACCCUCGGCAGUGGAGUGACCGGUGCCAUGAAUGUGGCCAAAGGAGCCGUCCAAACUGGUGUGGACACCACCAAGACCGUGCUGACAGGCACCAAGGACACUGUCUGCAGUGGGGUGACCAGUGCCAUGAACGUGGCCAAAGGGACUAUCCAGGGGGGCCUGGACACCACCAAGACCGUGUUGACUGGCACCAAAGACACGGUGUCCACUGGAGUCAUGGGGGCAGUUAACGUGGCCAAAGGAACUGUCCAGACUGGCCUGGACACCACCAAGACCGUGCUGACUGGCACCAAGGACACCGUCUGCAGUGGGAUGACUAGUGCCAUGAAUGUGGCCAAAGGAACCAUCCAGACUGGUGUGGACACCACCAAGAUUGUCCUGACAGGUACCAAGGACACCCUCGGCAGUGGAGUGACCGGUGCCAUGAACGUGGCCAAAGGAGCCAUCCAAACUGGUGUGGACACCACCAAGACUGUGCUGACAGGCACCAAGGACACUGUCUGCAGUGGGGUGACUAGUGCCAUGAAUGUGGCCAAAGGGACUAUGCAAACUGGCCUGGACACCAGUAAGACCGUGCUGACUGGCACCAAAGACGCAGUGUCCACUGGGCUCACUGGGGCAGUGAACGUGGCCAAAGGGGCUGUACAAACCGGGCUGAACACGACUCAAAAUAUCGCAACAGGUGCGAAGAACACCGUCUGCAGUGGGGUGACUGGUGCCGUGAAUGUGGCCAAGGGGGCCGUCCAGGGGGGCAUGGACACCACCAAGUCUGUGGUCACAGGCACCAAAGACUCAGUGUCCACUGGUGUCAUGGGAGCAGUGAACUUGGCCAAAGGAACCGUUCAGACUGGCCUGGACACCACCAAGACCGUGUUGACUGGCACCAAAGACACAGUGUCCACUGGGCUCACUGGGGCAGUCAACGUGGCCAAAGGAACCAUCCAGACUGGCAUGGACACCACCAAGACUGUGCUUACAGGUACCAAGGACACCAUCUGCAGUGGGGUGACCGGUGCUGUGAACGUGGCCAAAGGAGCCGUCCAAACUGGUGUGGACACCACCAAAACUGUCCUGACAGGUACCAAGGACACUGUUUGCAGUGGGAUGACCGGUGCCAUGAAUGUGGCCAAAGGGACUAUCCAGGGGGGCCUGGACACCACCAAGACUGUGCUGACUGGUACUAAAGACACAGUGUCCACUGGGGCCAUGGGGGCAGUGAAUUUGGCUAAAGGAACCAUCCAGACUGGCCUGGACACCACCAAGAUUGUGCUUACAGGUAGUAAGGACACCGUCUGCAGUGGGGUGACCGGUGCCGUGAAUGUGGCCAAAGGAGCCGUCCAGGGGGGCCUAGACACCACUAAAUCUGUUGUCACAGGCACCAAAGAUGCAGUGUCCACUGGGCUCACUGGGGCAGUGAAUGUGGCCAAAGGGACUGUCCAGACAGGUGUGGACACCACCAAAGCUGUCCUAACUGGUAGCAAGAACACCCUUGGCAGUGGAGUGACUGGUGCCAUGAACGUGGCCAAAGUGGCCGUCCAGGGGGGCCUGGACACCAGUAAGACCAUGCUGACUGGCACCAAAGACGCAGUGUCUGCUGGGCUCAUUGGGGCAGGCAAUGUGGCCACAGGGGCUGUCCACACUGGCCUCGGCACCAUCCGGAACUGGUUACCUGGUACCCAGGACACCAUGUGGGGUGAACGCUCCAGUUGCAGGACCGCAGACAACAGAGGGGAACAGACCACCCUGAGCCCCCGAGAGGCCCCGACCGUGGGGGUCUCCAGCCCUCCAGCCCCACUCUGUGCAGGCUCGGAGCUUGCCCAGGAAGCCACAGCUGCCACCAAGGGCCUUGUGUGUGAUGUGGCCACAUUCCCCCAAGAAGCCACCCCGGGCAUGGGGGAGGUGGGGCAGCUGGCAGCCAUGUGUGGCCCCAAAGGAGCCAUGGGCUUUGCAGCACUGCGGGACGAGUUGGAGGGAAUGGGGGACAUCUUCCAGCCCAUGAGCGCCACGGAGCAAGCUGAGCUGGCUGCCUCCGAGCCUGGGCCGAAGGUGCUCUCGGCUGACCAGGGAAGCUACUUCAUCCGCUUAGGCGACCUGACCCCUGGCUUCCGCCAGCGGGCAUUUGAACACGCCGUGAGCCACCUGCAGCACAGCCAGUUCCAAGCCAGGGACGCCCUAGCACAGCUGGAGGACUGCUGCAGCCUGAUUGAAGAGGGCAAACAGCCUCUGGACAGGCAGCCCCUGCAUCUGGACCAGGGCUUAAGCGCCAGCGUGGACAACACUGGUACCCAGGAGGAGCAGGACGCCGGGGCUCUGCCCAGAGUCUGCAGCCUUGCCCGGCAGCUGCACACAGCCUACAGCGGCCUGGCCUCCGGCCUCCAGGGCCUGCCCGCGGAGCUCCAGCAGCGGGUCGGGCAGGCGCGGCACAGCGUCUGUGAGCUCUACGGCAUCGUGUCCUCCGCUGGCUGCAUGGAGGAGCUGCCGGCAGAGCGCCUGGCCCAGAGCCGCGAGGGCGUGCGCCAGGCGUGGCAGGGGCUGGAGGCGCUGCUGGAGGACGUGCAGCACAGCCCCCCCCUCGGCUGGCUAGUGGGGCCCUUUGCCUUGGCCCCAGCUGGGCAGCGGCUGUAGCUCCUGCAGACCAGGGCGCGGGACCUCCCUGCCCGGCCUGAGCAGCCUCCUCCGAACCUUC